GGUGCAGCGGUGACCGCGGAGCGGUGCGGAGCGGAGCGGUGCGGUGCGGAGCGGUGCGCCAACGGCGCGACCCCAAAGUGCCACUGAAGGACUGGGACAUCCCCAACCCAACAGCGGUCUGUGGUCCCCAGAGCAAACUCAUGAAGAAGGUCUGAGCCGGACCCCCACCCUCCACCACCUCCCGGGGAUCGCACGAUGGACACUGCGGCCGUGCGGAGUCAGGAUGCCCCACUGACGGUCAAUGAGCAGGUCAUCGUCAUGUCCGGCCAUGAGACCAUCCGCGUGUUGGAGGUCGGUGUGGACGCCGCACCGCCGGCCGAGGAGGAGCGCAGAGCCGCGGCGGUGCCGCGUGGGGGCGGCCUGCAGGGAUCCCCGGCGCGGAGCGGCGAUGCGGGCGCCGAAGAUGGGCAGCCCGGCAGCGAAACGCCGCGCGGCACGGAGGGGUCAGGCAAAGCCAAACCUCCAACCGGACCCCCCCCCGGCACAGCGGGCACCCUGAGCCCCUCCAGCAGCCAGCAGCCGCAGCCCCUGGCCCCGCUGGCCGUGCAGGCAGCCCCGCAGGUCUUGACUCAGGAAAACUUAGCAACAGUUGUGACAGGAGUAAUGGUUCCGGCAGGGACAGUUACUCAACCUCUUCUUAUCCCCAUCAGUAUUGCAGGUCAAGUGGCAGGUCAGCAGGGGCUGGCUGUGUGGACAUUUCCUACAGCAACGGUCGCUGCCCUUCCCGGACUGACGGCUGCUUCUCCUACAGGGGGAAUUUUCAAACCGCCUAUAGCCAAUCUGCAAGCCGCCGCCGCCGUCCUCAACACGGCCAUCCCGGCCCCGCUGCCCCCCGCUCAGCCCCGGCCCCCCCCGCAGCCGCAGAGCGCGUACCCCGCGGCGCCGCCCAGCCCCCCCCCCAUCCUACCGCAGCCCAACGCCGCUCCCGCAGCGAAACCGCUGGAGACGCAGCCCCACAUCGCGGUGCAGCCCGCCGGAUUCGCCUUUAACGCGGGCAUAAUCGGUGCCGCUUCCCUGGGGGGGCAGACGCAGCUCCUGGGCUCUCUGGCGGCCGCCCCCGUGAUCGCCAACACCAUCCCCAGCGUGCAGAGCAUCGCGGGGCAGCUCCUGACCAACGCGCAGGGACAGGUGAUCGGGACCCUCCCCUGGGUGGUGAACCCCCCCGGCAUCGCAACGGCCAGCCCGGCGCCCGCCCCCAGCCUGCAGGUGCAGGCGGUGACCCCGCAGCUGCUGCUCAAUGCCCAGGGCCACGUGAUCGCCACGUUGGCCAGCGGGACCAUCCAGGCGGCCACCGGCAAAAAGAGCGGCCCCCCCGAGACCCCCACCAAGAGCGAGGUGCAGCCCAUCCAGCCGGCCCCAGCGCUGUCCCAGCCGGCCGUGGUCAUCGCCAGCCCAGCCCCAGCAGCCAAGGCGACCCCGGCCCCCAUCCCCAUCACCUGCACGGAGACCCCCACCGUCAGCCAGCUGGUGUCCAAGCCCGCGGCGCCCAACAGCAGCGCCGAGGAGGACGGCAUCAACCUGGAGGAGAUCCGGGAGUUCGCCAAGAACUUCAAGAUCCGGCGCCUGUCCCUGGGGCUGACGCAGACGCAGGUCGGGCAGGCGCUGACGGCCACCGAGGGGCCGGCGUACAGCCAGUCUGCCAUCUGCAGGUUCGAGAAGCUGGACAUCACCCCCAAGAGCGCUCAGAAGCUGAAGCCGGUGCUGGAGAAGUGGCUGAGCGAGGCGGAGCUGCGCAACCAGGAGGGUCAGCAGAACCUGAUGGAGUUCGUGGGCGGGGAGCCCUCCAAGAAGCGCAAGCGCCGCACGUCCUUCACCCCGCAGGCCAUCGAGGCGCUCAACGCCUACUUCGAGAAGAACGCUCUGCCCACGGGCCAGGAGAUCACCGAGAUCGCCAAGGAGCUCAACUACGACCGCGAGGUGGUCCGCGUGUGGUUCUGCAACCGCCGCCAGACACUGAAGAACACCAGCAAGCUCAACGUCUUUCAGAUCCCCUAAAGGAUAUGGGGGUCCCGACCCCCACCCACCCCCACCCCCCCACCCCCCAACCCGCAGCCUCUGCCAUCGAUCAGCACUUUGUGACCCCUCCCUCCCCCUCCCCCCCCCUCCCCCUCCCCGGCCCUCACCCGGCUCCGUGGGGGUGUGGGGUCCCCUCCCCACCGUUCUGUGCCCCCCCCCCAACCCCCCCCCCCCCCCCCGCCAUGUUUGCGCCCCGUGUCACGCCGUGUGCCUCGUCGCCCCGUUCCGUGCGUGGUGCCGAACCCCCCCUGCACCCCACAUCAUCCCCCUGGGAGGGGGGGAGGGGGGGGCCGUUCCGUGUCCGUUCUCCCACCCACCCCGGAGCGAUGUUCGUUAUGGGGUUGGUUUUUUUUUGGCUGUUUUCUCCUUUUUUUUUUUUUUUUCUGUGACUUUUCUGUGUUUCCGGAUAGCGUUAAGGCCCUGGUUGGGUUUCACCCCUUUAUUUCGCCAUCUCCCCCCCCCCCCCCCCCCCCCCGCCCCCCUCAGGUGCUCAGCCCUCUGAAGGACCGCAGAGCCGCGUGAACCCCAAAAUGAAGGUGUCACAGCACUGAGGUCUGGGGGUGUCCCCCACCCAGCGCUGUGCCCCCCCCCCCCCCCCCCCCGGUCCCAUAUGGACGCUGCACUAAGGGGGGUCGGGCAGGGCUGAGAGCGAGGGGGGAGGGUUUGGGGAGCGGGACCACCACCCCCCCCCCCAACCUGGGGAGUGAUGGGGAUGGAUGAACAGGGAUGGACGGACAGGGAUGGACAAACGGACGGGCAGAUGGGGCGCGGUGGUGGUGGCCACGCCGGGGACGUGGGAGAGAUGAUGCACUUGAUGUAGUGGUGUGAAAUAAACAGUAUUUUUCUUU